GGGAGUACAUUAUACAUUCUGAACAAAUAUCGUAUCAUAUGACCCUCAUGAGGCUUUCUCCUUAGACAACACUGACAUGUUACACUAUAUUUACAGGUCUCAUUCAUUUGUUGUACACAGAUGUACAAUUGUAAAAUUUACCGUCUAUAAUUUGCUUGAACACUUUUUGCUAGAGUGCCUACUUUCUUAGACUCCGAGAGUCACUCUCUAUUCUCUAUUCGUGCACUCUGAGUAGAGUAGUAUGGCGGGAGGUUUGGUAAAGAAGCUAGGAAUCGCUGCAGCUGGAUGGGCGGCCCUAUUCAGUCUUAUUUCAACUUGUAUAUUGUUUCAUCCGGACGCUUGGGCUACCGAAAUGACGUUACUCGCGUGCUUGUUUACAGGUCUGAGCGGAGCUAUCCGACUAGUUGAUCACCUGAACGAUAUCAAUAAAAUCACGCUUGAUAUUCUUAGAAACAGUAAAAAGUGGGUGUUCAGACUAGUCUGUAUUACAGCAAUAUCUGGAGGAGUUGUUGCUCUUAUCGGUUUUAUCGGGUACACGGCAGAAAUUUCCGACGACCCAACACUGAUGAGUCACAGACGGAUGGCUGCAUCUUAUACAUGCCUGGCCAUGUCACUGCCCGGCCAUAUCCAGAAUAUAGCCGUAGGUUUUAUUCAGGUCAGAGCAAUAUGAUUUACAUCUUAAAGACAUCCCGGCGACGAUAGUCAGUUAAUUUUUGAGUAUUUUAUUUAAGUUGUAAAGUGUGUUUUAGUGAGUUGUAUGAAAUUAAAGACUUGGCAAAGUGCAACAAGGGUUUACACAGUGUUAGGGUUUUUAAUUUAUUCAUUUCUGUUGUAUGAUCUUGUUUGAUGAUAUGAUGGUUGGGCUGCUCCGAAUAUAACGAAUAGUUAUGGAGUCGCGUGUUGAUUUAGCUUAGACUGAUUUUAAUUAAUUUUAACAAGAUGAUAUCUAUUUUAAGUGAAGUGUAAUGCGAAUGAGCAAAGAAAAACAAACGAUUUUUAAAAGAUCUCCAAUCUACACGUCAUUAUACUUAUAGCAGCAAUAAAUCUGCAAACUUUC